GAAAGAUACUUAAUUCGUGUGCAGUCAUCAUUCGUAGGGAAGGAGCCGAUGCUUGCUGUAAGAUACCCUGACGGUGUAACAAUAGCCCGACACGAAAUAUCAAGAGAAGAUUUGUCUCCUAACCCUUCUAAUACAGCCAGUGUAACCGAAAUCAUUUACCUCGAUCCCUGGUCUUCAAAAGUUCUAAAGUACGAAGGAGAUAUGCGAGAAAUUGGUAUUCCAGAUAAAACAACGAAGUCUGACAAUGCAGCUCCAGCACCAAAAACUGAAAAUAGCAGGAUUAAGAAGAAUCCGUGUGCGGCAUUCGUUCAACGUUUGUUAGGUUGCUGGAAAUCGAAAGAGGAAAAUGGAGGGAAAUAAUAUUGCGUAUUAAAACGUACUUUCAGAACUAGGCUACAAUAGCGCCCCUUGAUAUUCGACCUAUCGAUUAUUUCGAAUAUAAUAAAAUGAUAAUUUAGAAAAUCUUAUAUUCUUGAUGAGUGAAACCUCUAAUUUAUUAAGAAAUUAUUCAAAGAGGCUGUAGUUCUAAGAAUGUUACAUAUAAUUUACAAUAAGUUUUAUUGCUACUUCAACUAGAGUAGGCUAUAGGCUAGCAGGAAAAUGGUGCAAUGGAAAUUUCAAUAAUGGUUCUUGAUAAUUAAUUGUGGAUUGAAUAGAAAGCUACCUUCGUUCAAUUGCCUACUGAGCUUCAUGGUUUAAUGUAUCUGGAAAUAAACAUGAUUGUUGUGGGAAUCACUUCCAACUGCCUGCAUUUCUUGUAAAUAAAUGCUGACAGUUUUAUGUGAAUUACACUUUUGAUCCAUCAACAUUCUUCUGAGCAUUCAUCCACAUGAAUGAUUUAUCAAACAUGAUACAAGACAAUAAAAUAAGUUUUUUUAAUAAUGUAAGUGAUACUAAUGGUCAUUUGAUUCAAUUCAAUUUAUUUUUUCCUUCUGAAUACAAUUCAAAGCAUAUCAGUUACAUAGAAUCUUAAGCAAUAAAGUUUAUUCUAAGCAAUAAGUUUAUUUAGUCAUUAUUGUUAUCAAAUAUCAGUUGUUGUAGGUAUUGUUAUUAUAAUUAUAUUGGAUGAGUAAUUACUUUCGUUCCAAUUUUUAACUUGGUGAUAAUUCGUAGAAUUUCAUAAAACACUUAUCUUUGCUUUAUCAGAUAGAACUAUUGGGUUAUUGUUUUUAAAAUAGGUGAUUAUGAUUUUGAUCUUAGUUAUUUUAAUUUGAGAAAUUACAUUGCAUUGUAACAUUUCACUUAAAUAGGUUAAUAUGAUUUUGAUCUUAGUUAUUUUAAUUUGAGAAAUUACAUUGCAUUGUAACAUUCCAUUUACUUUCUUGUAGGAGUUAAUAGAAAAUAAGUCGUUUUAAUCAUAUUAAUUAGUAUAGACCUGUUUGAAAGUAUAGACCUGACUUCAGUUUGAAAGUAGGCUAAUUUGUUGCCGUGUUACUAAUUCUACAUUACAGUUAGUUAAUUCUAGUUUUGAGUAGAUUAUUGCUGGAAGAAUUUGUGAAUUAAAUUUUGAACUGAA